AUGAGCUUUGAUCAAAGUCACAUUCUACAUUCGACACAAAGAACGCCUCUCAAAGGUAAUCGCGUAAGACAACUUGUAUCUCGUGAAGACACUCUGAAUCUUACUCCAAUACUCAAUGAAUCUUCUUACUUUAGAUCUUUAAACGACAGUAGUUUGAGACAAAUUUUGGACGAAUCUUCAAUUGUUCUAAAUACCGGAACAGCUGGAAAUGGCUUAAGUGAAAUAUUUUUUGAAAUAAUUCAAUCAAGUCGGGCAAGUGAUGUUUUGGAUACGUUAGCAAGGUUAGGUCAGGCUUGUUGUGAUUCUCUUGAGUUAGUCGAACCAUGGAAUCGUUACAGUGCACACAAUUACUGGUUAGUAGAGGAAGCUAAUACCUGGAAACUGCUGCAUUGCUUAUAUGCCGACUUAUUAAUUGAACAUCCGGAAUCAUUUGAAAGUAUUAUUACACAAACCACUUUGUCUCAACAAAUUUUAGUAAAUGCUUUAUUUCAAAGUGACCCGGAACUGAGACUUUUUCAGUUACUAGUGGACUGGCUAGAAGCCACAGCUGCAUAUCAAGACCAGGCAACUAGAACUACAGCUCCAGUUAUUUCAAAUAACAUUCAUUGGGGUAAUACCCUCCAUCAAUUACUUCUUGGAACAAGUUUGUUCAAUAAAGAAAGAAAUACAGCUAUGGUCACUAGAAUAGAUCCUGAUGCUUCAACCCGUCAACAUAAAAGUAUUCAUUCAGAUGAUUCAAAAGAUGAUAAUGACCUAUGUAAAAUGGUUUUUACGGAACUUCGUUGUGGAAAUUUUAAAAAUGCAGUUUCUCUAUGCAUAAAUGCAGGCCAAGCAUGGCGUGGAGCAGUGUUACAAGGAUGGAAAUUAUUACAUUAUUUACCAAAAGAUUCUGAUUCUACCAUUGAUCUGACUGGAAACAAGUCUCGGGAUCUCUGGAAAUGGUGUGCACUUGGUAUAGCUACCAAUUCCUCUGAAAAUAUUCACUACAGAGCAGCAGUUGGAAUAUUAUGUGGCCAUUUACAAAGUGCUCUUACAGCAUGCCAAGGCAAUUGGGAAGAUUUGUUGUGGGCCCAUUUGAGAGUCCAAAUAGAAACUAGAGUGGACAAAUUCUUACAUGAACACUAUGCUACAGCUGAAGCUAAUACUACAACACCAGAAGUUCUAGAACUAUUACAAACUGACUUGCCCACUUCUGAAAUAUCUUUGCAACAAAUUUUUAGUGCUGUAAAGUCAUUAUUAGAUGGUAAAAAGGAAUCAAAUUACCAAACUUGUCAAAGAUAUUUAAUGUUGGGACAUAUUAGAUGUAUAAUGCAGGACUCUUUAGAUUGGCUUCAAAGUGCUGAAGACCGAUUUGUAAGAUUUCUUGCCCAUCUGGUAUUAAUUUUGCGUCAAAUGGGUAAAGAUCCUCAACAUGAUACUGGUGACAUUAUUCUAGAAAAGUAUAUAACGCAAUUGAUUGAAAACUUGGUUGAAGGAUCCUGUGAUUGUCCAGAGCUUAUUGCUUUCUACAUUUCCACCGUCCCAAAUGAGAAACAAAUAAUUCUAUUUGCUGAGUUGAUGGAUAAAAUAUAUAAAAGUGAAAACCGACAAGAUACAGUGAAUGCUGGCAAAACAGCUGGAAUUGAUGUGGCUGCAUCAGCUAGAGUAGCAAUUAAAAAGUCCAUUACGGAAAUACAACAAAAUUAUGGACAUAUUGAUAGUACAUUCACACAAACAACAGCAGUUGAAAAAGAUAAAACACUAAUUAACAAAGUUAUUUUGUCAUUGGAAUGGCUAGCUCUACAACCAAAUCAAGUAGCAGAGGCACUUUGGUUAAGCAAUGCAAUGGUUCGAACAUUCAUAUUUAUUGGAAACACAGAAGCAGCCAUCAAUUGCUUAGGUAGUGUUAAAAAUAUGUUUUCUGAGGUUAUAAAACAACUCAAUCCUACUUCCUCUGAACUAAAAGAACAUUUAUGCUUGAAAGCUUAUUUAGAAGCCCUAGAAGGAUUUGCUACAUGGUACAGACAUUACAUUAGUGGACAGCCCAAGGAUGUUGAACCAUUGCCAUCAAAUGCAACAUUUGCUGACAAAGUUCACCAUGAGCAAAAAGUUGCUCAAAUUGAACAACAAAAGGCACGAUGGAAAAAUACAGUAUUACACCAAUCUCGUCACACAAAAACCUUGCUGUAUAAUACUUUAUUAUUCCCAGGAGGUUGGCUUCAAGAUGAAAAUGAUUGUACAUCUUCACAAAACUUUUUAGAAUCUGAACAAGAAGAAAGAAUAAAACAAUUAGAAACAUUAAGAAAGUUAUGUAUACCAGAAAUUGUGGUUUUGAUUAUAAAAAUUUUACAAAGCAAUGAUGAUGUUGAUAAUCAUAAAGAAGCAGUGCAGUUAAGUGAUUUGAUAGCAGCGGAAAAUCGCUGUUUGUAUAAAGUUUUCACUAAAGCAAAGCUACAAGACAUUUUAGAAAGGAUUAAAGAAUCAAGUUUAAUUCUGAUAAAUAAAGGAAGAGAUAUUUUUGGAUAUGAUUUAGUUGAAUAA